AUAUCUCUAUAUUUCUAUCUAUCUGCUUCCUUAAUCUGAUACAAGAGAAGCUUAUAUUAUUGUUUCAUUUUUUCAAUACUUAUCCGUACAACUCAUACUUUUCUUUCUUAUUUUCUUCUCUCUGAAAAACCUUUUUUCUUCGUUUAUGAAGAACACUACUACUGUCGAUAUUCAUACUCAUCACCAAGAUCAAGCUUAUCGAGAUCUACUACUACAUGCACAAGAAGAAACUACUACUACUACAACUACUACUUCAAUAGGGCUAGGGUUUGAAGAUAUGGAUCCAAGGGAACAAGAGAUUUGGCUUCAUCAUCAUCAUCACCAAGAUCAUGAACAUCAAGAUCUACUCGAUGUUAAUGAAGAUUCUAUAUUCUACACUGAUUUUCCAUCUCUUCCUGAUUUUUCAUGCAUGUCGUCAUCAUCUUCGUCAUCUUCAUCCUCAUCCUCGACUACUAUUACUACUCCGGCGGCCACUCUCAAACCCAUCACCUGCUCCUCUUCCUCUUCUUCCACGUCAUCAGCUUCUUCUUGGGCCGUUCUGAAAUCAGACGCAGACGAAGAAGAUCAUCACCACGGCGGAGGCGGCGGGUACAAACAGCCGGCGACGCUUUCUUCCACGGCGUCGAUGGAGUUCUCUGACCAGCCAGGGGUCGCCGGGGCCGGCGGUAGUGGGGUACUCGACUGUGUUGAUAUGAUGGAGACUUUUGGGUACAUGGAUUUGUUGGAGAGUAACGAGUUUUUUGACCCUUCUUCUAUUUUCCAAAACGACACCGUUUUGGAGAAUAAUAAUAAUGAAAACGACAGCGUUUUGGUGAGUACUAAUAAUAAUGAUCAUGAUCAUGAGAUGAUGAUGAUGAUGAUUGAUAAUGAUGAUGAUCAAGAGGUUGUUGAUUUGGAAAAUAAUAAUAAUAAUAGUAAUAAAGAAGAUUUAGCUAAUACGACGUCGUCUUCCUCAGUACCAGACGAUAUGGCUAUGGUGUUCUUGGAUUGGUUGAAGAAUAACAAAGAGACAGUUUCGGCUGAAGAUUUGAGAAGUGUGAAGAUCAAAAAAUCAACAAUCGAAGCCGCGGCUAAGCGAUUGGGUGGUGGAAAAGAAGCAAUGAAACAGUUAUUGAAACUUGUUCUUGAAUGGGUUAAGACUAAUCAUCUUCAAAAACGACGUAGUUUAGUCAAAGAAACGUCGUCGUUUCAAAAUAAUUGGAACUACGAUCCCCUUGUUAUUCCACCACCACCACCACCUCCUCCUCCUCCUUCGUUCCCUAUCGGGUUCACGGGUACAGAUCCGUUUAUUACCGGGUCGGGUAAUACUAAUACCCCCACCGUUACCACUCCAUCAAAUUACCAAAUUACCCCUGAAUACAACACUAUGCUCGACUCUUCUCAAACUUGGCCUUCUUCACAAUUUUCUAAUUACCACCAAUCGGUUCCUGAGAACAAUAAUCUCCAAACGACGCCGUUUCAACAAGCUUUUUCAGGGUACGGGAGUCAAUACCCUUAUCAAUACUAUUCUUCUUCUUCUUCAUCUCAUCAAGAUCAGAUCAUGAGUAAUAAUGAUCAGACGGUGGUGAUUAGGUCUGGGUCUUCGGCGACUAAAGAAGCGAGGAAGAAGAGAAUGGCUAGACAAAGACGGCUCUUAUCUCAUCACCAAAGACACCAUCAUCACCAUCACCACCAUCAUCAUCAACACAAUCAGAAUCAGAAUCAAGUUGAUCAAAGUAAUAAUCAACAUGCAAGCCUUAAUAACGAUAAUAAUAAUAGUAAUAAUUGCACUCAUCAAGUGAACAACUGGGUUUAUUGGCCGGCCGCUCAGGCAGCUGCCGGUGCUUCUUCGCCGCCGCCGCCUCAACCGUUGAUUCCCGCCGAAACACCACCGCCUUUGCUCCAACAAACUCGAAGUGGUACUCCAACGGAAAGGCGUCAGGGUUGGAAACCGGAGAAGAACUUGAGGUUUUUACUUCAAAAAGUGUUGAAACAAAGCGACGUGGGUAGUCUUGGAAGAAUAGUAUUACCUAAAAAAGAAGCAGAAACACAUUUGCCUGAAUUAGAGGCAAGAGAUGGAAUUUCUAUUCCCAUGGAAGAUAUUGGGACUUCUCGUGUUUGGAACAUGCGUUAUAGUUACAGGUAUUGGCCUAACAACAAAAGCAGGAUGUAUUUACUUGAAAACACAGGGGAUUUUGUGAGAGCCAAUGGACUUCAAGAGGGGGAUUUUAUUGUCAUCUACUCAGACGUCAAAUGUGGCAAAUAUAUGAUACGAGGAGUAAAAGUACGGCAACAAGGUCCAAACCCAAAAUCAGAAAAUAAAAGGCCAGCAAAAUCUCAGAGAAGCCAACACACAACCACUCCAGCUGGGACCAAACAACAUUAAUUAAUAAUAAAAACACUAAAGUUAAAAAAAAAAAAAAAAAAAAAAAAAAACAUAA